AGAGAGAGAGAGAGACGUGUCCCGCCGCUGUGCCAUGAGAAUCCCCGACCCGAGCACGGGCGCCACCAUUACUGCGCAAUACGAACGCAACCACCUCUUCAAUCCUUUGCUGAAUUGCGAGCGAGCUCGUGCCAUGAUCUACGACAGAUCGUGAAGGAAGUAAAGGGGGGCGGGGCCGAAUCCGCCGAUGAGGGGAGGGGGAGCAGCGAUGGCGAGGCUGGCGGUGACCGCGAGGGCCUUCUCCGCCUCGGCCUCCGCCGCCGGCGGCGUGGCCAUGGUGCAGGGCGCGUCCCGGGGGAUCGGCCUCGAGUUCGUGCGGCAGCUGCUGCGGAGGAGCGACGAGGGCCGCGUCGUCGCCACGUGCCGCGAGCCGGGAAACGCGGCGGAGCUACAGAAGCUCAAGGAGGAGCACGCACCGGGGCGCCUCGCCGUGCUGCCGCUCGACGUCACCGACGAGAGCACUAUAGAGGCCGCCGCGGCCUCGAUCCAAGAGACCCAUGGUUCUCUUGACCUUCUGAUCAACUCCACCGGCAUCCUUUCCAUCCCAAACGUGAUACAACCAGAGACUACACUGAGCAAAGUUCAGAAGUCAUCCCUGCUGCUGGCCUAUGAGGUGAAUGCAGUCGGUCCAAUCCUAGUGAUCAAGCACAUGUGGCCAUUGCUGAAGGUUGGAGGUCGCUCCGAGACCGGGAGAGGAUUCUCAUUGGUUGCAAACAUGAGCGCUAGAGUCAGUUCGAUAGGUGAUAAUGGUCUGGGGGGCUGGCAUUCAUACAGAGCUUCUAAAACUGCACUGAAUCAGUUGACGAAGACAGUGUCAGUAGAGUUUGGCAGGAAGGACAACAUUGCCUGCAUCCUGCUACAUCCAGGAACCGUGGACACCGACCUCUCACGGCCCUUCCAGAGAAACGUCCCCAAGGACAAGCUCUUCACGAGAGAAUUCUCCGUGCAGAAGCUCCUCUCCAUCAUUGACAGCGUCAAGAAAAGCGACAACGGCAAGUUCUUCGCAUGGGACGGCCAAGAAAUCCCUUGGUGACUCGUGGUCACUGUUUCAGCCAGCAGCAUACAGGUCAACAAUGGGAACAAAUUUUCUUUUUGCAAACUGUUGUCCUGUUAUCGUUCCACGUUAUCGCUCCGGAUUUUCCACAAGUGGAUGCGACCACAUUAAGAAGUGAGCUGUGGAACAAGAAGAACCACAUCAAAACAUGGCGAUUGGUUUCCAUUCACUUUCCGGCUGCAUAGGAAAGAUGUGAAUGUUUGCUGACGGGUGAUGACGCAAAUUUUAUUUGAGUCCUUUUAAUUCUGGGUGUUUUUCUCA